CAUUUUGUGGGAAAUGAAAAUUCAUGAAAAUUUCUACUUUUCAUUAAUUUAUUAACCAAACAACUUCAAAUAAUUUCAAUUCAUAAAAUUUCCGAAUUCCCAUAUUUUUCUUGGCAACCAAACAACCCCAUAUGAAUCCAUCCAACUCAAAAACUCUUUUGAAGCUCAAGAACAAAUCAACAAUCACCAAUCGUAAAUUGCAACUUAUCUCAUGUUGUACAAAAAAUAUCUCAUGCAAAAAAAAUCAAAAAGAACAUCCAACUAAAAAAAGUGCAAAAAAGAUGCUCAUUUUCUAAUCACCCGUGUCGCAAUACUGCACAAUUUCCAGACUGCAGACGUUACUUUCUUACCAGCAACAACAAAUCAAAACAAGGGCGCGGCACCUCGUCCAACGUUGUCGGUCCCACUUAAAUCCCAUAAAAUUCGCCAAACUUUUUUUUUUUUCCUCAGAUUUUCCAAGAUUUUUAAGCCCAACAAAAAUAACCCAAACCCAUAAACCCUAAAAAAAAAAAAAACAAAUAAAAAUAGUUUCUUUGACAGUUCUUCUCAGUUUCCCCCCUUUUCGCACCUCUUCAACUCACUGAAGAGGGAGCGACCAACAUUUUUUUUUUUCAAUUUAUUUCAAAUGAUCCAAAAAUCCCCAUCUUCUCAGAAUAACAAGCAGUUGGUAUUUGGGGAUGUCCAUGGAGCUGUUUUGCUUCCUAGAGAGAUGGAGCUUGAAAAAGCCCAAAAUUUGGACCUUAAAUUUCAAGUUCCUGACAUUGGAAAAGCGUUUCAGGAUUUUAUUGGAACUAGAGAAGUAGGUGAGUUUCUUAGUGGUGCUCUUGCAGGAGCAAUGACAAAGGCUGUAUUAGCACCUCUUGAAACUAUCAGGACAAGAAUGGUCGUUGGUGUUGGGUCUAGAAGUAUACCUGGAAGCUUCAUUGAGGUUGUUCAGCAGCAUGGGUGGCAAGGUCUCUGGGCAGGAAAUACUAUUAACAUGCUGCGAAUAGUCCCCACUCAAGCAAUUGAGCUUGGAACAUUUGAGUGGGUCAAGCGAACAAUGACAUCGACCCAAGAGAAAUGGAUCCGUGAUGGAGAUCCUAAGCUUCAAUUUGGCGACAUCACUUUGACCAUUCCUCUCUCAUGGUUGUCUCCAGUUGGCCUGGCAGGUGCUUCUGCUGGUAUUGCUGGCACACUUGCUUGCCAUCCUCUGGAAGUUGUUAAGGAUCGAUUGACUGUGAGACCUGAGGAUUACCCUAAUUUAACAGUUGCUCUUGGUAAAAUUUACAAAGAUGGAGGUGUUCGUGCCUUGUAUUCUGGUCUUGCUCCAACCCUUGUGGGGAUGCUCCCAUACAGCACAUGCUAUUAUUUCAUGUAUGACAAAUUAAAGACGUCUUACUGUGUUGCAAAGGAUAAGAAAAAGCUGAACCGUGUUGAGAUGCUUUUGCUUGGAGCUGUUUCAGGUCUUACAGCAAGUACAAUUAGCUUUCCCCUUGAGGUUGCAAGGAAAAGGUUGAUGGUUGGAGCACUACAAGGCAAAUGCCCUCCAAAUAUGGCUGCAGCACUAGCCGAAGUAAUUCGGGAAGAAGGUGUAAUGGGGCUUUAUAGAGGUUGGGGAGCAAGUACUUUGAAAGUCAUGCCAAACUCAGGCAUCACCUGGAUGUUUUAUGAAGCCUGGAAAGACAUAUUACUACUUGAAAGACGCCAUUUAUAAGCAUCUUAAAAACCCUCGUCCCCUGUUUUAAGAGAGGAGAUGAUAUAUGAUAAUGUUCUUUUGCUUCAAUUAGAAUUUUGCUCAUUGGCCCUCUAUUAAUGAGAGGCUGUGUAUCAUUUAAAAAAGAGAGAAAUCUAAUUAUCUAGGUUCUUUAGGAUUUAGGACUACAUUGACUAAGUUACUAAUCUUGUUUCGGCUUAAACUUUGUUAAUUAAUGAAGAAUAUCUGUGAAAUUACUCUAAUUACUA